AUGAGAUCGAGGAGAAGGAAGGAGGGUAAAAAGAUCUUGGGGAUUCCAAGGCUGCAGCAGUGGCAGUUUCACCUCUUUCUGGAGAAGAAUGAAUUUUGCAAUAUUUCCAACUUUAACCUCUAUUUGGAUGAAAAUGAAGAUAUAGUAGGAGAUCUGAUCAUCUGGUGCUUGUUGGUUCUCCCCACGAAGGAUGCCAUCCAAGGGCAACUGGGAACUUUUCAAAGACAGAGAGUUUCAAUCAGACAAGAUGCUCUUUCACGGCUAAAGUUGCUCAACAAGUCCCUGCCUCAAUCCAAAUGUGUGGAAAAUUGUCAUCCUGGAUUUGUCAAGAGGGCUCGAGAAGGAGAGCCAGUUUGCUGCUAUGACUGCGUUCCUUGUCCGGAGGGGACCUUCUCCACUCAGGAAGAUACAGAAAAAUGCACCAAGUGUCCAGAUGAUAAAUAUCCAAAUGAGGCCAGAGUCCAAUGUAUCUCCAAAGUUUUAACCUUCCUGUCUUAUGAAGAACAUCUGGGCAUCAUCCUGGUCUCUUUUGCCCUACUCUUCCUCCUAACCACAGGCCUUGUUUUAAUCAUCUUCAUUAAAUACAGAGAAACUCCCAUUGUCAAAGCCAACAACCGGGACCUCUCCUACAUCCUCCUGGUCUCCCUCCUGCUUUGCUUCUUGUCUCCUUUUCUCUUCAUUGGUCAACCAAGGAAAGCCACCUGCCUUCUCCAACAGAUGGUUUUCAGCAUCAUCUUCUCAGUUGCCAUUUCUUCUCUCUUGGCCAAAACUAUCAUGGUGGUGCUGGCCUUCCUGGCCACAAAACCAGGAAACCGAGUGAAGAGAUGGUUGGGGAAGAGCUUGGCCAACUCUAUCAUCCUUUCUUCUUCUGCAGUCCAAAUUAUCAUCUGCUCCAUCUGGCUGGGAGUUUCUCCCCCAUUCCCUGACUCUGACCUCCACUCCCAGCCUGGAGAGAUCAUCCUGCAAUGCAACGAAGGGGCUGUUGUCAUGUUUUAUGUCACCCUCAGCUACAUGGGCUUCCUGGCUGUCAUCUGCUUCAUGGUGGCCUUCCUGUUUUCACCCUCUAGCAAGGCCCCUUCUCCGGCAAUAGGGCCUGAGAACAGCUCCAGUACUUCCAUGGGGUGUGCCAUGGCCCAGUUUAAUGUUGGGGCCGGCCUCACCACCCCCGCUGAUAUCCACGCCACCAUUCCCGGUUUCCAGGGGCCGCUGAGGAAGUUCCUGAGUGGGGCAGAUGAAAUUUCAACAGGCUGCCACCACUCGCUGCCCCAAUAG